AUGAAUAAAAUUUGCCGGAUAUGUCUAGAGGAGGGAGUUAUGUCCUCAAUAUUUAUGAAGAAUUUUAAUUUGUCUUUAAGUGAUAUGAUUGAAUAUUGUUCUGUUAUUAAGAUUAGCAAGAAUGAUGGUUUGCCAGAACAGAUGUGCAGCAAUUGUAUAUACAAACUGGGCAUCGCAUACCAUUUUAAACAAACCUGUGAAAGUGCUGAUCUACGUUUGCGGCAGUAUCUAGGCCUCAGAGUGCCAGAAAAGUGCAGUGAUGUUGCUGUUAUGACAGAUCCUAUUACUCCUGUUCAUACCACUAUAAUUAAGAAAUGUAGAUGUAAGAUAGCAGAACAAAGAAAAACUAUUUCGAAUUAUAAAAAGAAACCAGAAUCUGAAAAGCAAAAACGAGGACCAAAACCAAAGCCAAAGCAAGAACAUAAUUGUUACCAGUGUGACAAGCAGUUUCGAUGUCAAGCUCAACUAGAAAUGCAUGUGAGGACACACAGUGGGGAGAAACCUUUUGUCUGCAUGUAUUGUCCGCGUCGAUUUACACAGAAGCAUAAUUUAACUAUUCAUCUCCGUGUCCACACCGGAGAGAAACCGUUCCAGUGCGAAGUUUGUAGCAAAAGAUUUUCUGCUCAAGGAAAUCUCCAGGCACAUCUCAAAAUACACACGGGUCAAAGAGAUCAUUCAUGUUCUUUGUGCUCAAAGUCAUUUAUAACAUCAAGUGAGCUAACACGGCAUAUGAACAAACAUAGAGGCGUGAAGAAUUUUAAAUGCGAGUUAUGUGGAGCUGCAUAUAUACACUUAAGAGAUUUCAAAUUACAUAAGAUGAAAAAGCAUCAAAUAUCUACCCAUAGCACAAAGACUCAGAAUGAUAAUUAUAAUAGUAGCACAAACAUAGAUAUUAUUGGAAUAGAUGUGGGUAAAGAUAUGCCCCAAAUACCAAUGAAUCCUCCGAAAGACAUGAAUCAUCAUAAUAUACAGCAUCUCAUCAAUGAUAAGCCACCACAAAAUAUUUCAAUGCCAGUGGAACCACACCCGCAUAAUCAAAAUCUAGUUGCAUAUGGACAAAAAAGCAUAAAAGAUAUUUAUGUUGGUGAAAACCAUAAUUGUGCCAUUUGUGGCGAAAACUUUGAAUAUCUUAAUACUCUCGCCCAUCAUUAUUUGCACGAUCACAAAGGAUAUGACAGUUCAAAUAUUAUAUGUAUGAAGAGUUACAGUUCUCUUUAA